ACCACCAUGGUCGAGAAAACGCUGAGCACUGGGACUUUGAACCUGCGUUUCAUGCAAAAUGCUCGAAGAGCACAACAGUUAUCCAGUGUCUCGCUCGAGAAAGCCCACGUUAAGGAUGAUGCCGAAUGGGAAGUGGCGCCUGAUAUUCGUAAAGCUUGGGGACUUGCAGAGGGAGAGUCCAGCUCAGAUUCAAAUGACGAUCUAUAUGAGAGAUCAUAUAUGCCUUUCCUCUUUCCGUCUGUUUCUGAAAAACUCGAUGGGGAGGAAAAUGGAACUUCAUCUGUUAGCGGCGUCAAACCGCAAGGACGUCGCAAAUUCAAUAAAAACGGAGAAGAGUCUUCCAAACCUCCAGACCCGCAGCCUAUAGAAAUCGUUCAACCUGAUCACGCUCGGAAAAUCAAAAUCAAAUCGAUAUCCAGCACGACCAGUGCAAUCGCCAAGCCAUCAAAGAAGCUCAAGGAACCGGCAAGUCGGCUGAUAUACGACAAUAGCAGCGUUGGCGUUGACCUCCGCUCCUUAUCAAACCGCACUUCAUCAGCAGCGAUGUCGUCCAGCAACGCAACGACCCUUCUUUCCGCCCCUUCGAGUAGAGAUGCAACCGCAGCUUCUGUCGCCUCUUCUGCAAGGAAGGGGAAGAGAAGACAGGAUAACGUAGAAGAUCAAACUGCGGGGCUGAAGAAGACGAAACUAUCGAUAGUCGAGUGAUCGGUCCGUCAGGAGUACGCGAUGAUCGCCCCGUUUCGCGAUUCCACCGCAGGCUUAGAUUGACUCGGCGCGACUCCGGGUCGCAGAGCUCCGCGUGAACGCUUCAAGUAUAUGUCACCGUUUUCGACGUGCAGAAGUCAUUAUAUGUUCUGUCGGUUGGCAUAUUCAUCAGCGCCAUAUUUGCUAGAGUGUUCCACGCUUUACUACUAGACGUCGGUUCUGUGGUUAUUGUCAUGCCUACUUAUGAAAAGAUCUUAUCGCAUGCGAAUUGCUGUAACUGGACGAUGUUAACAUGAUUAGAUGACUUCGGGGAGCUCGGGAGUGGGUGAGGAAAUUUUCAUACAUGGGACGGCUCAUCCGAC